GGGACCCGUAGCGCGGAGGAUGCGGCGCGGGGAUGCGGGCGGCGCUGCGGAGGCAGUUCGGCCGGGCGCGGUGGGCGCUCCGCGUCUCCGAGGCGGCCCCGCGGCCGCGCUGCGUCGGGCCCGGCUCCGUCCCGUCCCCGCGGUGCUGGAGCUGCGGCGGCGCCCUCUCCGGCGCCGAUGCGGCCCCGCACUUCUGCCCCCGCUGCCGGGCCCUGCAGCCGCCGGCGCCUCGGCCCGACCUCUUCCGUCUCAUGGAGUGUGAGCGCUCCUUCCGCGUCGACGCGCAGCGGCUGCAGCGGCGGUUCCGGAGCCUUCAGCGCGCGCUGCACCCCGACCGCUUCGGCCGCAGACCGCCGAAGGAACAGCACUACUCGGAGCAGCACUCCUCCCUCAUUAACAAGGCCUACCAGACGCUGCUGCACCCCCUGAGCCGCGGCCUCUAUCUGCUGGAGCUGAACGGGGUGGAGCCGGCGCAGGAGACGGACUGCGAUGCGGAUUCAGAGUUUCUCACGGAAAUCAUGGAAAUCAAUGAGAAAUUAGCAGAGCCCGAGAACGACGAGAUCCUUGCCGAGAUAGAAACUUUAAUCAAAGGCAAAGGAUUACAUUCCAGCUCCUGCAGGUUGCAUCAGGGAGACACGCAAACAGUGUACAAUUCCAGCUUCUUCCUUCUGUCUACUAAAAUAUGUGGAGUGCACGUGAUGUUGAGGAAGAAUCCUGGGUGCAGCGUUGGGGAUCAAAGCAAGUUAAACUGCUGGGAAAUAGACAAGAAGAACUGACCAAAGAGGUGACAGCAGCUUUUGAAAGAGAUGACCUUCAGGAAGCUAAGAAGCUUCUAGCCAAAAUGAAGUACUUUGCAAACUUAGAGGACAAAUUAAAGAACAAGAAGAUCCCUUCCUGAUAGUGCCUCCUUUAAGAAUUUAUGUUACUUUUAAUUAAACUGCUGAUUUAGUAACCAAA